AUGAAGUCGUUCCGUGCGCUCUUUCUGCUUAGUGUGGCCACAACGGCCCUGGCCGCGACCUAUGAUGCUGUGGUGGUUGGUGCAGGUCUUUCCGGCUUGAAUGCUGCCAAGACUCUGGCGGAGAACAACAAGACGUUCGUGGUGCUGGAGGCGCGUGACCGCGUGGGUGGCCGUGUGGUCAAUCACUACUUGCAGACCGGUGGCGAGGUGGACAUGGGCGCUGAGUUUGUUGGCCCUACGCACGACUAUGUCAUUGCCCUCGCGAAGGAGCUUGGCUUGGAGCUGUUCGACACCUACAACAAGGGCGACAAUGUGCUGUAUCUGGAUGACAAGCGCUCGACGUAUGCGGCUAGCGGCUUGCUUGGUGCCAUCCCGCCGCUGGACCCUAUUUCGUUGAUCCAGAUUGGCAUUCUCCAGGGCAAGGUGGACGACAUGGUCAGCAAGAUCAACGUGCAGGCGCCCUGGGACAGCCCUAACGCAGCGGAGUACGAUAGCAAGACGGCUGAUGAGUGGCUCAAUGAGCAGGACUUGACCGCUGAUGCUCGUAAGAUCCUUGACGUGGGCCUUGUGGAAGUCCUAUCGGCAGAUGCCACCGAGUACUCGCUCCUGUACCUGCUGACGUACAUCGCCGCCGCAGGCAAUGCGCAACACAAGGGCACGUUCGAGCGUCUUACGCAGACCAGUCCCGGUGCACAGCAAUGGCGGGUCGAGGGUGGUACAGGCUUGCUGGCUGAAGGUCUCGCCAAGAUCAUUGGUGCAGACAAGAUCAAGCUCGGUAUGCCAGUGAGCUCCAUUGUGCGUGGUGAUGGAGACAAUGCGACCUACACAACGACUUCGACGAGUGGCGAGACGUUUGAGUCGCGCCAUGUGAUUGUGGCCAUGUCGCCACCGAUGGCGGACCACAUCAAGUUCACGCCGGCGCUGACGGAGGACCGUAAGCAGGUGCAGUCGAAGAUGAAGAUGGGCUCGCUCGGUAAGGGUAUUGCCAAGUACGAGACACCGUUCUGGCGUGACAGUGGCCUGACGGGUCAGGCGGUGAGCGACAAGUAUUCGACGCGCGCCACCUUCGACAUUUCGCCGAAGAACGGCAGCAGCGGUAUCCUCAUGGGCUUUAUUCAGGUCGCACAGAUGCGUGAGCUGGACAAUGCCACAGACGCUGAAAUGACGGCCAAGAUCACCGAGGCAUUCACAGCCUACUUUGGCGACAAGGCCAAAAAUGCCACGGAAUGGACCUUCUCUCGUUGGGACCCGGCGCCGUACUCGGGUGGUGGCCCUGUCGCCCAUGCCCCGGUGAAUGUCCUGUACCCGCACGGCAAGGCUCUUCGUGCGCCUAUUGGUAACCUACACUUUGCGGGCACGGAGUCGUCAGACUACUGGGUCGGCUACAUGGAUGGCGCCCUGCGGUCCGGCGAGCGUGUGGCCAAGGAAAUUGAUUAG